CCGUGGCCUUCUCCUCCUUUGCCAUUCGCCCCGCGCCCGAGGUGGAGCUCUUGCGGCGCAUGCGCGGUGGGGGCUCUCUGACCUUCAAGCCGCCGGGUCUGGGCGGGCAGCGCGCGAGGGAAGGAAGGGCCGCGUCUGGAAGAGAAGGAGAAGAAGGGAGGCCGCAGGCGGGGAAGGAAGGAGACGAGGAAACAACGCCGCCGCCAUGCUGUCCCGGGGAGCCGCCUUCGCCGCCGCCGCAGCCCUCUCGCAGCCGCAAUGGGUCCAAGUCAGGAAUAUGGCAACUUUGAAAGACAUUACCCGGCGUUUAAAGUCCAUCAAGAACAUCCAGAAAAUUACCAAGUCCAUGAAGAUGGUUGCCGCAGCAAAGUAUUCCAGGGCAGAGAGAGAGUUAAAGCCUGCCAGAGUUUAUGGAGUCGGGGCAUUGGCUCUUUAUGAAAAAGCGGAAAUCAAGGCCCCUGAGGACAAGAAGAAGUAUCUUCUCAUAGGGGUGUCUUCCGAUCGUGGCCUCUGCGGUGCUAUCCACACUUCUGUGGCUAAAAAUAUCAAGAGCCAAGUCACCGCCCUCACAGAUGCGGGUAAAGAAGUCAUGUUAGUCGGAAUCGGUGACAAGCUGAGAGGCAUCCUUCAGAGGACACACGGCAAGAACUUCUUGAUGAACUUCAAGGAAGUGGGGAGGAAGCCUCCCACCUUUGGAGAUGCGUCAAUCAUUGCCUUGGAACUGCUGAAUUCUGGGUACGAAUUUGAUGAAGGAGCAGUCAUCUAUAAUCGGUUCAGGUCCGUCAUCUCCUACAAGACAGAUGAGAAACCCAUCUAUUCACUUGAGACUGUUUCUGGUGCUGAAAGCCUUAGUAUCUAUGAUGAUAUUGAUGCAGAUGUCCUGCGAAACUAUCAGGAAUUUACAUUGGCAAACAUCAUCUUCUACUCAUUAAAGGAGUCUACUACUAGUGAGCAAAGUGCAAGGAUGACUGCUAUGGACAAUGCCAGCAAGAAUGCUUCUGAGAUGAUUGACAAGCUGACUCUGACAUUCAACCGCACCCGCCAAGCUGUCAUCACCAAGGAGCUUAUUGAGAUCAUCUCUGGUGCUGCUGCUCUGAACUAAGGGGUAAUCAGAAAGUGAGGGUCGUCCAAAGUCAACAGGUAAAGAAGAAAAGCUGUUCUGGCAAGCAGUUUAUCCCGCUUCCUUUCUAGAGAGACAAAGUUAUUGGUCUUGUCAUUCUGUGAAGGAUUUUCAGGCAAAGAAUCCCAACUGUUUGUAAAUCAUAUUAUAAUAAAGUCCUACAUGAAAAGAG